AUGAGCUCCUCGUCGAUUCGAGACUCUUCUUCCGGAUGUCUUGACAGCAAAUCCAUCGGAAUCUGCCUUCUCCUCAUAGUCAAUGUCCUUUGGGUGCUGUCCUCCGAACUUACUAGGGUUGGUCAAUCGGAAUUUAUUGUUGAAAAUUCUUCAAAUUUCCAGUUUAUAUUUGUGGACGAGGAGUUCCGGCGGCCGUUCUUUACAGUCUACGUCAAAUCAUGCACUCUCAUCGUCUACAUGAUCCGAUAUUUAGUGUUCGAGGCCCGAGACGAAGGAACGUAUAAAGUGCUGAUCAGCGAAGGAUCGAUCGAUUCGGAGACGUAUGAGAUGUCGUGCGAAUCGCUUUCUCACGAAGGAUACGAAUCGGUGACCGACGUGGAUUCUGACGUCGAAUCCGUGUCUGCGGACGGAGAGAAACGACCGAGGAAGAUACGAUUUGCAGAUCGGAGAGAGGUGAAUACUUUUGGCAGGAUUCUCAAUAGAGCACACUUGCAUUGUCUGGUUUUCCAGGUCCGCCGAAUGCCCGCCUCGAACGCAGAAGAUCAGCGGAAAGCACGUCUUCCGUACCGUCAUCCGAGCCUCGAAUGUCAGUUCCAUCUUUCGAAACACGUAAAAUACACGUUGUUCUUCUUUGCGCCACUGGUGAGUAGUUGCAAAUGCGCUCUACCGCUCUACGAAUCGUUAUUUUCCCUUUUUCAGUGGUUAAUGUGCUCGUUCACCUAUCAGGCGGCGUUGGCGUUCACUUCCGUCAGCAGUCUCAACCUCAUUUCCAGCUCCUCGUCCGUCUUCGUCAUAGCCUUCGCCAUUUGCUUUCCGAGUGCUAGCAAUCGGUUUUCUGCGUACAAGGUACUUAAACUUUUUCAACUUUUUUCAAACAAAAAAAUGGAAUUUUCAGUGCGUGCUAGUUUCCAUCAACAUUGCCGGAGUUCUCAUAGUUUCCCAUUACAUUCCCUCGUUUGUGGGCGCACUUUUUGCUCAGGUUCGUUCCAAAAACUUUGUUCUCCAUCCGAAAUCUUCCAUAAAAUUUUCAGAUCUCCGCGCUUUCCUACGCCGUCUACCUGUUCGCCUAUGGACAUUUCGAGGAGAAAUACGGAAAAGUAGACAUCAAUCUCAUGUUCGGAACGAUUGGAGUGCUGGCGCUGGUCGUCGGUACGCCCACUCUCAAUGUGCUCGACAAAUUCGGCAUUGAGCAGUUCCAUCCACUUCCGAAUGUCACACAAUUCUCAUCGAUCCUUUUAUCUGCACUUAUAGGUAAGAUUUUAAAGUUUGAAAGUAAAAUCUACGUAAUUUCAGGUACUAUUGUGGCUGAUUAUCUGUGGCUUCUCGCCGCCGGAAUGGUCGACUCGCUUACCGUAUCCCUUUCGCUGACUCUGAGUAUUCCGCUCAGCUUCCUUGCGGAUACCGUAAUUCGUGACAAGUCGCCCACGCUCGCACAGGUCAUCGCAUCUAUUCCUAUCCUUUUGGCGUUCGUCGGAGCCGCGUUCGCCCAACGAAGCACUGCCACGUUAUCAAUACGAAAAGUGGUGGCGAGAAGGGUGCGGAAAGUCGACUCACACGCCGCCGACAAUGAGCAACUUAUUGAUAGCCUAUCGGACGAGUAG